AAUUGAUCUCAACCGUCGAUCUAAUUACGCAAAUGCGAAACCCUAGGGUUUUUAAUCUUCUCAUCUUCUCAUAAACUCGCAGUCUACUUCUGCUGCACUUUCGCACUCCUCCAUUUCUCUCUCCUCCAUUUCUCUCUCUUCCGCAGCUUCCAACAAUGGCCUUCGUGAAGGCACAGAAAUCGAGGGCUUACUUCAAGCGUUACCAAGUUAAGUUCAAGAGAAGAAGAGAGGGCAAGACCGAUUACCGUGCAAGGAAUCGUUUGAUCAAUCAAGAUAAGAACAAGUACAACACUCCUAAGUACCGCAUUGUUGUGCGAUUUACUAAUAAGGAUGUAACUGCACAAAUUAUAUCAGCAAGCAUCACAGGUGAUAUUGUGCUUGCUUCAGCAUAUGCUCAUGAGCUGCCUCGCUAUGGACUUGAAGUAGGGCUUACCAACUAUGCUGCUGCAUACUGUACUGGGCUUCUUCUUGCAAGAAGGGUCUUGAAGAUGCUUGAGAUGGAUGAGGAAUAUGAGGGCAAUGUUGAGGCAACUGGUGAGGACUACUCUGUUGAACCAGCUGAGACAAGGAGACCUUUCCGUGCUCUUCUUGAUGUUGGCCUCAUAAGGACAACUACUGGAAACCGUGUUUUUGGUGCUCUGAAGGGAGCUCUGGAUGGUGGCCUGGAUAUUCCUCAUAGUGACAAGAGAUUCGCUGGCUUUUCAAAAGACGGGAAGCAGCUUGAUGCCGAGACCCACCGCAAGUACAUUUAUGGUGGACACGUUGCUGGUUACAUGAGGACUCUUAUGGAGGAUGAGCCCGAGAAGUAUCAAACUCAUUUCAGUGAAUAUGUGAAAAGAGGUAUUGAGGCUGACGGUUUGGAGGCAUUGUACAAGAAGGUUCAUGCUGCCAUUCGCGCUGAUCCUAGUGUUAAGAAGUCCGAGAAACCACAACCACAGAAGCACAAGAGGUACAAUGCAAAGAAGCUAACCUAUGACGAGAGGAAGGCUAGUUUGAUCGAACGAUUGAAUGCCCUAAAUGCUGCUGCCGGAGAUGACGACGAGGAUGAUGAUGAGGAAGAUGAAGAUUAAAAACUCCAUUGGCAAGAUUAGGAAUUUAUGUGGUUAUCUUUCUUUUUCUAUCGGCUUAGGAACAUCAAGUUUUGUUUAAGUAUGUUUGCAUUAUUGGCAUUUUUGCAGUUUAAGAGCAUGUACUUGCUAGAUGUUAUGAGAGAUCUAAGAAAUGACAGAAUGGAACUUCAGUUAUUUACAUGGGUUUCAAGUUA